AUGUUAAUAGCAUUAGGAAUGCGAAUUCAUGAUGUUUUUCCUGGGCAAGGAGUUAUCCAUACUAAUUCUCAACUUAAUAAAAUAAUGGCAACUGGUAAAGGUAUAUAUUUUUUCGGUGAAGCCGCAAGAUUUGGACGAGAUGAGUACUCCCACUACGAUGCAAUGACACCGAUUUUCAAAUCAGAUGGCACGAUCUGUGCUGUAUUUGCUCUGAUUUACGAUACAACUCAAAAAAUUAUAAAUACUCGAAGAUUAAAAACACUUGGUGAAUUUGGAAAACAUAUUUCUGGUUAA